CGCCUGUGGAAUAAGACACCUAAAGUGAUCCAGCGGCUUGACGCGGAACUUUGCGUGGAUGUUCAAAACAACCUUUAUUUGACUCGAGAGCAGAAAAAGGGAGACUUUGCCACAUUUUGAGGGAAAGUUUGAUUCCGUGGCGGUGUUUACGCUGUUUCUGUUUGUGGCGGCUCCGGCGCAGACUUCCAGCGGAUCCGGGUGAAAUUCACAUCUCCAGGACUUUCUUUUAUAUUUUGGUCAACUUUACUGAAUAAGAACUCAGUCAUUAUGGCAGAAACAUCGGCGGCUCCAGCCAAAGCCAAGCGGACACCGAAGACCAAGAAACCUGCGUCUCAUCCCAAAUACUCGGAGAUGAUUAAAGCAGCCAUCACCAACGACGCCAGCCGGACUGGUAUGUCCCGUCAGUCCAUCCAGAAGUACGUGCGGGCGAACUACGACGUGGGCGACAACGCCGACUCGCACAUUAAAACGGCGCUGAAGAAGCUGGCGGCGGCCGGGACCCUGAUCCACACCAAAGGCACCGGCGCGUCCGGAUCCUUCAGGAUCUCCAAACAAGACGACUCCAAAAAGUCCAAGACGGCUGCGUCCGCCAAGCCAAAGAAAGCAGCGAAGCCCGCCGCCAAGCCUGCCAAGAAGGUGGCCAAGCCCAAGAAGGUGCCCAAGACGCCGGAGAAGCCCAAGAAGGCGGCGAUAAAGAAGGUGAAGAAGGUGGCGAAGAAGGCGACGCCAGUCAAAGCCAAACGGUCUCCAGUCAAGAAAACCAAGGCAGCCAAGCCCAAGGCGAAGCCCGCAAAGAAAGCGGCCAAGCCCAAGAGAAAGUCACCGAAAAAGGCAGCGAAAACCGCAAAGAAGAAGUAAACAAAAAGGACAAUAAGAGACAGAACGAGAGAUGUAAAUAGUGAUGGAAAUGUUUUCGUAUAUGUAUUAUUUUUGUAAGGUCCCAUCCAAACUUUUUGCUGUUUUUACCAGUUUUCUCUCCAUUGCACUAAAGUUGCUCUAGAAACAAUUGUGAGCAUUUUUUAUUUGGCGUUAAUAAUAAGAAUGAUUUCUGUCUGAUCCUUUGAUUUACAUAUUAAUCCUAAGGGAGGAAAAACAAACAAACAUGUAUAUAGUUGAGAGUAGAUGCAUGGGGUCACACCGGUGUGCAGAAAUGAGUCUGUACAAUGUUAGACUGUAGGAGGUGGACGUCAGCACGGCUCUGUGGUUGUUACUCAAACUCCAGUCUGUGAAUGUUCUUAUGUUCUAACGACUCAUCAUCAUCAUCAUCAUCACAUCCCACUGUGUCCAGUCUCCCUUUUUCAAGACUGUUUAUACUGCAGCUCAAUAAACACUUGCCAUUUU